AAUACUGCGACCUGAAAGCGCUCUUGCACUCCGUUCGCCUCGCAGGUACAGCGUGUGGAGGGACUCGAGACUCCGUCUUCUUCUGCAGUCACGAUCUGCGAUCACCCCCCCCCAGCUCAAGAUGACUCACCAGUUCACCUAUCUGACUCCGGAGCAGAAGAAGGAGCUCUCCUCUAUUGCUCAGAGGAUUGUGGCAACAGGGAAAGGGAUCCUGGCUGCAGACGAGUCUGUAGGUGAGAGAGGGGACGAUUGUCUGUUGCUCAUGUAUGAGGGUUGUCUGUUCUAUUCUGCUGUCUACAGCCAUUCUUCUGUGGCACCAUUCACAAUUUCAUCUAUUUAUCAUAUUUUUCAGAAUGGACUGGUGCCUAUUGUUGAACCAGAGAUUUUGCCUGAUGGGGACCAUGACCUCCUGCGCUGUCAAUAUGUCACAGAAAAGGUGCUCUCAGCAGUAUAUAAGGCCCUCAAUGAUCACCAUGUCUACCUGGAAGGAACCCUGCUGAAGCCCAACAUGGUGACCGCUGGCCACUCCUGCUCCAAGAAGUACACGCCCCAGGAAGUCGCCUUGGCAACUGUGACGGCACUGCGCCGCACAGUGCCAGCUGCUGUGCCUGGAAUCUGCUUCCUCUCUGGGGGGCAGAGUGAAGAGGAGGCCUCCCUGAACCUCAACGCCAUGAACCAGUGCUCCCUGCCCCGGCCCUGGAAGCUGACCUUCUCGUACGGCCGGGCUCUGCAGGCCUCGGCCCUCUCAGCCUGGGGAGGGAAGCCAGGCAACAAGCAAGCUGCCCAGACGGCCUUCUGCACCCGCGCCAAGAUCAACGGCCUGGCAGCCAAAGGAGAGUACAAGCCCAGUGGACAGGCUGACCAGUCUGCUACACAGUCUCUCUAUACAGCCAGCUAUGUCUACUAGACUACACUGAGAAAUGUGCACUCUCACUGCACAGCUACACGUCACCCCAACAUUAUAACAAACAUGUUUGCUGGGUAUAAUAACAAACACUGUCAUGGUAGACAGAUGAGUGGAGCAGAAGCACACUGACACAGGCACACAACUGGUCAUUUCUUUAAGGUAUACUGACGCUCUCGGAGACACUGGACCAGAAGAAGGCUCACACUGCACAGCCAGCCAAAUCUGUUAGGUAUGCUGACACACAUAAUCCUGUACACAGACAGACGGCUCUACCAGACAUGCACUAACACAAGCACACAGCUACCCAUAUCCUUUAGAGAAAGUAGCACACUUUGUGCAUAGACAUACUUUGACUUUGGGACUUUCCUAUACUUGGACACUAGCACUCUUCCCCAUGACCCCCUGGUGCCACACAGACUUCUGUACAACCUGAUCUCUGCUCAAGAACUGUGAACCCUGUUCAGAAAAGGAUGCUGCUGGACUUGCCUCUGAAAGACCUGGAAUUUAUCCAUUGUUUAAAGAGUCUGGCCCACCCUUUUCUAUUAGUAGCUGGCUGUAAGUCUGCCUGUGCUGUUGUAAGAAAGGAAAUAAAGUCACCCUUAAACUGCA